AUGCCAGACCGCCCGAACACAUCUUCCUCCACCUCCUCCGAGGAGCCACUAAAUGCUGAACCAGUACCCAACUGGGACGACAGAAGCCCCCUUUUCAGCAUCCGGCUAUGCGUAGAAAACAUGUCGAGCUUUCCUAGUUUAGAAGCCGAUGUAAAGUCGAUGUUCUAUCCAGUGGCUCCAUAUCCAAGCAUGAUUGAAGUCCAAAAAUGGCAACAUGGGGAAAUGUUUGGCGUUGUUUUAACGUGGGACGGAGUUCAAUUCAAUGGUGAACCACUUGAAGCCAGAGUCGUUUGGAACCUUGCUGCGCGGCAUAUGGAGGACUUUGAUAUUUUGGGAAUACACUACGAGUUUCCCAACAUCCAAGCACCCUAUCCCAGUGGCUGGGAGCCGAUAGAGCAGGCAAUCUUUCUCACACAAGACAAUGGCCCUGUUGAGUCAACAACAGCAACGUAG